AUGGCUGAUGCAAUAACAGCACGUCGUGAAGCACGAAGAAGAAGAAUCUUAGAAAAUUCCCACAACAGACUGCAACUCAUAUCAGGCAAAGCUGAUGAUGAUAUUAAGAAAGAUUCUCCGUGUAGAAGUCCUAUUCCAGACCAAAACGUUCACAUACCCAUCCUAACAGAAGUUGAUACCAUAAACACAUGUUUUCUUGAUAAUGGUGUAAUCAGUAGUGAAUUAGAAACAAUAGGAUUUACAGAAAAUGAAAAUGUGUCUAAUGACAGAGAGAUCGGAAUAAUAAAGCUAUUUUAA